CUCUCCUCCUCCAUCUCCUGGUGUGUUCGCACGUGCGAUACCCCAGUUAUAGCAUCUGCGUUGGCUAUUCUUCUCGUAAUUUCAAUUCCGCUCCUGCUCUGCUCUGCUCUGUUUCUUUAUUCGGGAGAUGGCCAGAAAACCUAGUCCUGUACGGCGAGCUUCCUUCUUCAAGGUCUUGCUUGGAGAUUUCACUGACAAGCUGCGGAUACCACCAGCUUUUGUCAAGAAUUUCAAAGGAAAGUUGCCUGUCAAAUUCAAACUCAGAAAUUCUGCCGGGAGAUUUUGGCAUUUAAAGGUGAAAAUAAUCGACAGCCACUUGUUUUUCCAAGAUGGUUGGUCAGACUUUGUGAAAGAAAAUUUGUUACAAAUUGGAGAUGUUCUGGUUUUCGGGUACGACGGUGAUUUGGAAUUCGAUGUUAAGAUAUUUGGUAGAAGUGGAUGUGAGAAAGAGGAUGGUUUGGUGGAUAAGAAUGGCAAUGAAUGUACUUUGUGCAAAGAGAGGAAAGAGCAGCCAAAAGAAAGAGAGGAAUUUGUUGCAAUCAAUGGUGUCUACGAGUGUAAUUGUUUCUUGAGAGUAAAGAGAUCCAUUGCAUCCAACAAAACAAAUUGUGGAAAAAUUCGAUCAAAUCAGAGACCUAUGGUUGAGAUUGAAGCAAACUCCUGUCCCUUAAACCUAAAGCAUCCGCAUUUUACUCGAAUUUGGAAUAGUAACAGACAAUAUACUGUGCCGGUUCCGAGUUUUUUUUGUGAUGAAAACAACCUUCAAGCAAAGGAGCACAUUUACCUUCAUGAUCAUAACGGCAAGCGGUGGAAAGUGACCCUCGUUAAGAUGUCGGAUGGUCGUGUUGAAAUUGGAGCUGGGUGGGUCGCUUUUACAAGAGAGCAUGGCUUGAGACAUGGAGAUAUGUGUGGAUUUGAGUUCGUCCUAGGAAAGGGUCGAUAUGCUCGCAGUAUUGUACAGGUUCACAUUUUCCGGAAUCGAAAGAAAGUCAUGAGGGAAUGAGUUUCCUCACAGGUCGCAUCUUCUUCUAUUUUAUAUUUAUUUUCAUUCAACAUGGAACGAACAUGUACCCUAACCCCAACAAUUUAGUGUAUAUCAUUAUCAGCAAUUUUAUAAAAUCUCCCUCACUUUCAAUA